AAAAAUCUGUGUGUAAAUCAACAGAGUAGCAGAGUAAAAGAAGAACCAUCAAAAAUGGUGAUAACUAGUACUUCCUCUGUUACUUGUUCUACUAUUUUUGAUAUUGGAAAUUACAAGACUAAGUUAUUGAAAAUCGAGCCACAAACAUGUACCAAACACAAUUCUCCUCCAAAAGCUCUGUUAAUUGGGACCCCAUCAGAAGCAGGAAACUUCCCAGUAUUGAUAUUUCUUCAUGGCUAUCUUCUUUACAAUUCUUUCUAUUCACAACUUAUUCAACAUCUCUCUUCUCAUGGCUUCAUUGUUGUUGCUCCUCAGUGGAAGGAGCAGAUGCAACCGAGGAUAUCAAAUCGACAGCUGAAGUCACAAAUUGGUUAUCCGAAGGAUUGCAGCAUCACCUUCCACCUGAUGUUGAGCCAAAUUUGAAGAAACUUGGACUAGCAGGCCAUAGCCGUGGAGGAAAAGCUGCAUUUUCGCUAGCUCUUGGUAGACUUGCUACUAUUUCUACUGACCUGAAAUUUUCAGCGUUGAUCGGUGUUGAUCCUGUUGAUGGAAUGGAGAAAGGAAAGCAAACUCCGCCAUCAGUUCUCACCUACGUUCCGCGUUCCUUCAUUAAUCUUGAUAUGCCUGUGAUGGUAAUUGGCUCGGGUUUGGGAGAAGUUAAAAAGAAUCCUCUGUUCCCUGCUUGUGCUCCUAAAGGGGUGAAUCAUCGCGAUUUCUACAAUGAAUGUUGCAAGCCAGCUUGUUACUUUGUUGCAAAGGAUUAUGGACAUAAUGAUAUGUUAGAUGAUGAGACGGAAGGGAUUCGAGGCAAGGCUACUUAUUGUUUGUGCAAGAAAGGGAAAUCUAGAGAGCCCAUGAGGAGAUUUGUUGGAGGGGUUUUGGUUGCAUUUUUGGAAGCUUAUUUGGAAGGUAAUUCGAGCCACUUGAUAGCUAUUAGAUAUGGCCAUGUUGCACUGCCUGUAGAGCUCCAAGAUAUUGAUUUUCUUGUCUAAGCUAUGGGAUAUGAUUUAGAACUUUGGUUGUGGUUGUACCCUUAGCUAAAAGUAGUAGCAUGUAUCCAAACCCAUAGCCGUCUAUUUGUUCAAAUUUUACAAAUUUAAGUAUUUAUUUGUGCACAGCUAAAAUUGAAGUGAAUAACUAAAUUAAAAGACGUGA